AUGGCUUCUCCGGCGGCCGUCCGCGGGGGUCGUCUAGCCGACCCACUGCUGGCCGCCGACGUCGUCGUCGGCGCCAAGGACAGGUACUGGGUGCCCGCCGACGAGAGAGAGAUCCUGGCGUCGCAGAAGAGCGGCGCCGGCGAGGACGGCCGGGUACCGCUGCUCUACCGCACGUUCAUGGUCAACGGCUUCCUCAUCAACCUUUACAGGUUAUUGACUCUGGUGAGAGUGAUAGUGGUGAUUCUAUUCUUCACGUGGCGCAUGAGGCACCGGGACUCGGACGCGAUGUGGCUGUGGUGGAUCUCGGUCGUCGGCGACCUCUGGUUCGGACUCACCUGGCUGCUCAACCAGAUCACCAAGCUCAAGCCCAGGAAAUGCGUCCCAAGCAUCUCCGUCCUCAGAGACCAGCUCGACCAGCCCGACGGCGGCUCCGACCUCCCCCUCCUGGACGUGUUCAUCAACACCGUCGACCCGGUGGACGAGCCGAUGCUCUACACCAUGAACUCCAUCCUCUCCAUCCUGGCCACCGACUACCCCGUCGACAAGUACGCCACCUACUUCUCCGACGACGGCGGGUCGCUGGUGCACUACGAGGGCCUGCAGCUGGCGGCGGAGUUCGCCGCGUCCUGGGUCCCCUUCUGCCGGAAGCACUGCGUCGAGCCCCGGGCCCCGGAGAGCUACUUCUGGGCCAAGAUGCGCGGGGAGUACGCCGGCAGCGCGCCCAAGGAGUUCCUUGACGACCAUCGGCGGAUGCGCGCGGCGUAUGAGGAGUUCAAGGCGAGGCUGGACGGGCUUUCUGCCGCCAUCGAGCAGCGGUCGGAGGCGUGCAACCGUGCCAACGGGAAAGACAAAGAGGAGUGUGCAAAUGCUACUUGGAUGGCUGAUGGGUGCACGCAAUGGCAGGGGACGUGGAUCAAACCGGCAAAGGGCCACAGGAAAGGACACCACCCUGCAAUUCUUCAGGUAAUGCUGGAUCAACCGAGCAAGGAUCCUGAGCUGGGCAUGGCGGCGAGCUCCGACCACCCUCUGGACUUCAGCGCCGUGGACGCGCGCCUCCCGAUGCUGGUCUACAUCGCCCGGGAGAAGCGGCCGGGCUACGACCACCAGAAGAAGGCGGGCGCCAUGAACGUGCAGCUGCGCGUCUCCGCGCUGCUCUCCAACGCGCCCUUCAUCAUCAACUUCGACGGCGACCACUACGUCAACAACUCGCAGGCCUUCCGCGCCGCCAUGUGCUUCAUGCUCGACCCGCGCGACGGCGCCGACACGGCCUUCGUCCAGUUCCCGCAGCGCUUCGACGACGUCGACCCCACCGACCGCUACUGCAACCACAACCGCAUGUUCUUCGACGCCACCCUCCUCGGCCUCAACGGCAUCCAGGGCCCCUCCUUCGUCGGCACUGGCUGCAUGUUUCGCCGUGUCGCCCUCUACAGCGCUGACCCUCCCCGGUGGCGCCCCGACGACGCCAAGGAGGCCAAGGCCUCGCACUACAGGCCCAACAUGUUUGGCAAGUCCACGUCCUUCAUCAACUCCAUGCCGGCGGCCGCCAACCAAGAACGGUCCGUCCCGUCACCGCCGACGGUUGGAGAGGUGGAGCUCGCCGACACGAUGACGUGCGCCUACGAGGACGGCACCGAGUGGGGCAACGACGUCGGGUGGGUGUACAACAUCGCGACGGAGGACGUGGUGACCGGCUUCCGGCUGCACCGCACGGGGUGGCGCUCCACGUACUGCGCCAUGGAGCCCGACGCGUUCCGCGGCACGGCGCCCAUCAACCUGACGGAGCGGCUCUACCAGAUCCUGCGCUGGUCGGGGGGAUCCCUCGAGAUGUUCUUCUCCCGCUUCUGCCCGCUCCUGGCCGGCCGGCGGCUCCACCCCAUGCAGCGCGUCGCCUACAUCAACAUGACCACCUACCCGGUCUCCACCUUCUUCAUCCUCAUGUACUACUUCUACCCGGUGAUGUGGCUCUUCCAGGGGGAGUUCUACAUCCAGAGGCCGUUCCAGACGUUCACGCUGUUCGUCGUCGUCAUCAUCGCCACGGUGGAGCUCAUCGGCAUGGUGGAGAUCAGGUGGGCCGGCCUCACGCUGCUCGACUGGGUCCGCAACGAGCAGUUCUACAUCAUCGGCACCACCGGCGUGUACCCGAUGGCCAUGCUGCACAUCCUCCUCAGGUCCUUCGGCAUCAAGGGGGUGUCCUUCAAGCUGACGGCCAAGAAGCUCACGAGCGGCGCCAGGGAGAGGCUCGCGGAGCUCUACGACGUGCAGUGGGUGCCGUUGCUGGUGCCCACGGUGGUGGUGAUGGCCGUGAACGUGGCCGCCAUCGGCGCGGCGGCGGGCAAGGCGAUCGCUGGGCGGUGGUCGGCCGCGCAGGUCGCCGGGGCGGCGAGCGGGCUCGUGUUCAACGUGUGGAUGCUGCUGCUGCUCUACCCGUUCGCGCUCGGGAUAAUGGGGCGCUGGAGCAAGAGGCCAUACAUCCUGUUCGUUGUGCUGGUGACCGCGGUCGCUGCCACCGCGUCCGUGUACGUCGCGCUCGCCGGCUCCCUACCGUACUUGCAUUCGAGGAUAAAGCUACUUUAA